AUGGAUCCUGGAUCGUCUUUGUCUGCAUUUUGCGAUGGUUUUGUCCCCAUGAAUGAAGAUCAGUGUGACUUUGGUUUUUGUAACGGGCUUGCAGAUAAUGUCCCCUACUAUGAUGCAGGCAUUGGUGCCGACGAUGAUCCUGACGAAGGUGACGGCGAAGGUGUAGAUAUGGAUGAUAAUAUGAAUGAUGAAGUCAUUUACACGCCGGAGUGCACGGAGGAUAUGAAGCCGUACAAAGGCCAGAUCUUCCCUACAUUGGAUGAUGCAAAAGAGUUUUAUAAUAAUUAUGCUCGUUUGGUUGGGUUUGAUACAAGAAAGAAUGGUUCAAAGAAGGUUGGUGAUAAAAUUAUUUGGCUAUACAUCGUGUGUUCUAAGCAAGGACAAAAGAAAGAGAAUGAAAAGGGAUUUAUCCCAAAACGGAAACGUGGAUCAAAGAAGUGUUGUUGCAGCGCUAGAGUGGCGUUUAGGUUUUCAGGAUGUGUUGGAUACGUAGUUCAUGAUUUUGUGGAAGAACACAACCAUGAAAUGGUUGACCCACAUCAUCAGCGUUUUAUGAAAUUGAAUCGUUCUAUGGAUUUAGUGAAGCAGAAGCUUUUAAUUAAUUGUGCAAAUGCAAAUAUUGGACCCACUGAUAAUUAUAGGCUUUUGAAUGAUUUGCUUGGUGGAUAUGAUUCGGUUGGGUGUACCGUUUCAGAAGUUAGAAAUUUUACUCGUGACGUUAGAGGGUAUGCAGAUGGUUAUGAUGUACAAAUAUUGCUUAAUGAAAUGCGUAAGAAGAAAGAAGUUUGUGACGCAUUUACAUUUGAGUAUGAGCAGGAUUCACAAAACAGAUUAAUUCGUUUGUUUUGGUGUGAUGCCUAUUCGAGGAUGAGUUAUCACAUGUAUGGGGAUGUGGUUGCCUUUGACACUACAUAUUCUACAAAUAGGUAUCGUAUGAUAUUUGCUCCAUUUACGGGGAAGGACAAUCAUGGGAAGCCUAUAACAUUUGCUGCUGGUUUGUUAGCUAACGAAGAUUUUAAGAAGGAGUUUUCUGAUUGUGUGUGGUCCGAGCUGAUAGAACCUGAGGAGUUUGAAGUUACAUGGAAUGGUAUUAUAGAAAAAUAUGGAUUGGAAUGUUCGUACCGAUGUUUGCAUCGAGAAAGUUCUGGGUUCCAGCGUACUUUAGAGACUUUGAUGCAGUUACAGAAGAUAAGUCUUGGAGGCUAA